GGGUGUAUGGUUAUACCUCUUUCAAAUAUCGGAAAUAAUACUGUUUGUGACAAUUGCGAAAAAGCCUCGAAUCGGCUGGUAUUGAGCUAAAUCUAUGUUACGAAAACUGUGAAAAACCAUUUAGAUUAAAUUUCAAUUAGGAACUUAGUUAAUUGGUUUAUCCGUGGCUUUGUUUGUAACGCUCGAUUUUGCUUGUCACACCUGAGCGGUAGUAACCUCUUCCAAACUUCAGUGUACAAGGUUUUAUAUCGUGACUAAAAAAUUUGGGAUGAGAUGAAUAUUGUAAAAGUUUUCAGUGUUUAAAGCUAUAAUUUCUUAAUAUUUGUCGAUCUGGAGGCAGAAAUACAUUUGGAUUAAUAAUUUAAACCGGCGCUUUCGUAAUUCAAGCGUCUAGUAACGAGUGUGCAUUGCUAAUUGGAAAAUAAUUGGAUCAAAACAAUUAUAUACCUAUACACUCGGUAUACAUGAAAGGUGAAACAACCUAUAUAGGUCAAUGCAUAGACAGAGUGGAGCCUUUAUGAAUGGGCAAAUAAAAACGUGACGUGAGACAGUCAAAUACAUGAUUUUUGUUCAUUUCUGAAAGAGAAUUGUACGAAAAUAUUGGAUUACACAUUUGUGCAUGUUUAUUACUGUAUAAGAAAUUCAGCGUGAGCGUUAAAAGAUAAACAAGAGUAUCUUCAGUAGUAGUAAGGCACGUAAACAAAAACAUACACGUUCGAUUUGUGUGUAUGAAUUUUUGAUCGUUCAAGUAUUUAAAACUUUUUUUAAAAUGCUGUUCAAGUUGUUAUUGAAUUUGUAGCAUAUAUAUUUUUGUCGAUUUAAAGCGAUGACCAUACGCAUGUUCAGAGGGCUUUCAUAUGUUAUGUUGUAUGUUUAGAUCGCGAAGAACAGCACACGUGAGACGACUUUGGAAAUUACGCGUACACAAUGAAACCAGGGGUGAAGAAGAAAGUGCCGAGGAAUUGGAACUUAAAUCAUUCACACACACAAUGCUUAAACGUCUUAAAGAAAAACAACUGGACGCGUUAACGCAAAGUGUUGAAUCUAAAGGCGGAGAAGUGACCGAAUGUGUGUUAUUACCUAAGUGUGAAAUUCGCCUAGGUAAAAAAGAGUUGUCACCUCUUAUACUGUGUUGCCGAAUGUGGCGUUGGCCAGAUGUUACUAGUCUUACGGAAUUAAAACGUUUGCCGUGCUGCACGAGUGCAGGUGGCCCAGCAUAUGAGUGCUGUAACCCCUAUCACUGGAGUUUACUUCUUCAACCAGAUGUUUCUGUGUCAACUUCUGGUUGGGAAGAAAUGGAAAAGGCCAAGUAUACAGAUGACCUUGACCGACCUCCGGAUGAAGCUGUUUCCAUGGAAACAGGAAUGACGCCCACACCUCGACGCAAUGAAUUCUCAGAUAUCUCAGCGCAAUUUGCUAGCGGAGUUGAAACCGGUCAGAGUACACUAAAUGGUCACUGGUGUACGUUAGCGUACUGGGAGUUGCGGCAGCGCAUGGGUCGUCUUCUUACCGUGUAUGAGACGUUUAUAAAUAUUUACGAAUAUCUACCUCGUGGUGACGGUUUAUGCCUUCAUGUCUUACAGGAAAAUGCAGAGACAGAGUCCGUGAGACGAACUAGAGAAAAAAUAGGUUUUGGAGUGAUUUUAAGUCGCGAAGGUGACGCAGUGUGGCUUUAUAAUCGGUCACAGUUUGCCAUAUUUGUUCACUCGCCGACGUUAGAAAAUGAGAACGGACGGACGUUAAAUGUUCAUAAAGUGAUGCCUGGAUAUUCCUUGAAGAUUUACGAUUACAAUCGUAGACAGUUUCUCGACAAUAUUCAUGACCCAAAAUAUCUUGACGGGCCGUAUGACCCGUAUUCGAUACGAGUUAGUUUUGCUAAAGGUUGGGGCCCACACUACUCACGUCAAGUUAUUACAUCGUGUCCUUGCUGGUUAGAAAUUAUGUUGAAUAUAGACAGAUGAUAGCGGAUGUCACGAUGAACACACAACUAACAAAACAUUCUCACAGGAUUUAUAAGUCAAUUCUUGCAGUCUGAAGUCAAUUCUUGUUGUACAAACAACAAAUAACCUGAAAACCCUAGCAACCAGAGUUAAAGAUGGAAAACAAUAGAAUUAUCAUCUGAUGAAUUACUUUUUCACAUACAUAUAUACAAUGUAUAUUUCUUUUGGGCAUUAAAUGGAACUAUUUUAUUCUAUUUUGUGUAAAACUGCUAUUUUAUCUCUGUUGGGCAUUUCACUGAAUUGAAGAAUAUUAAGAAAUUAGUUUAAUUAAAUCAAUCAAAAAUACUGCUGAUGUAUUGUUAAUCUUUGUUUUUAGAAUUUUUCUAUCUGUGAGUCACACCUUUAUAAGGACGUAAAUUUUUUCAUCCUUUCAAAUUAAUGCCCAUAGAAAAAUUAUUAUAUAGUCAAGAUUUACUUCCCUUUGUUUUCUAAAGACUGGUUACCGUUACUUUUUAAGUGAAGAUUUCUUAAAGAAAGUUUUAAAAAUGGAGUCGGUAUACAGUCAGCUGAUUGUGUUUGGUGCGAUAAUGAAUUUGAUAUUAAGUUUUUAGAGCUAAAUGAUAUAUAUCACAAAAUGUUUUAUCACUGAAUUAAACUGUUUUUUAUGUAUAACUAAUCUAAGGGAUUUUUAUAUAAAAGAAAAGCACCAGUUGUUUCUUUUAGAAUUUUAUUAAAGAUAUAGUGAACUGUAUCAAUGGUUGAAAAUAUAUAUAAACUUGGUUUUAUAUUAUAAAAAUUAUCAUUUUAACAUACAACAUUGUUUUACCUCACUAUUUGAAAAGUUAAAACAUGACAUUUGAAAGCUCAGGUUUUAGUUCAUUUUUUUUCUAUAUGCUAUAAAUAGAUUGUUUUGUUGUAGUUAUUAGUGUAUGUGUUUUAACAUACUUUUCUUAAGAAAAUUCUCUGUUAUUGUUUUUUUUUUUAAGAAUAAAAUUUUUGUCAAAAGAAUGGUGUCUUAAUAUUUAAAAUUUGUUUCUUGUUAGUUAAGAUUUUAUAUUUCAAUCUGAAGACCAGUCAAGGAAAACUGCUUUGUCAUUGGUCAGUUUUGAAAAGAUCGUGUCAUAAUGAGCCAAUCAGAUUUUGUUUUUAUUAAAUUAUUUAGACUGGUCUGCAGAUUUAAACUUCCUGGAGCUUUUGUUAGGUAAUUUACCAUAAUGUGCCUUUAUUUUGCUUGUUAGAUGGUUAUUUUGAAUAUUUUAGAGCCAGUUAAAGCCGUUCAUUGACAUAUAUGUUUAAAUUCUUAAUAGUGAAUUAUGAGAAUAUAGCUUAACCAGCCUGGUAUUUGAAGAUGCAGCGUUCUGUCAGUGAAAUAUGAAAUAUAUCAUUACAUGUGGUAAACCACAUCUUAAAUUUGUAUUAAAUAUCUAACUUCUUGUCUGUAUGACAGUAUAUUUUUUGUUCACUACUGUCAGUGAAAUAUCAAAAAUAUCAAUAUCUUCUACUAAAAACAAAUUUAAAAUUGCUUUUAUAUGAAAAGUUUUAAGUUCACUUUUGGUAAAGGUCAAGUUUUGAGACAAAACCAUAAAAAUCAACAGUUAAUUCAUCCUUUGACCAAUGAUCUAGAAAAGCAGAAAAUCAAGUCAUUUCUUUUUUUUUUUGGUUCUCUCUUUUCCCAAAUUUUAUAAAUGAGCAUUCAUGCCAUAUACACUUACUCAACUAAAACUUGGAAUAGAACCAAACAUUUUAAUUCCUCUUAUCGGAGGUUGGCUCAUACUGGAAACAAAAAACAUCAACUUUUCUUUGGCACUGUAUACCAAGCAUUUUAAUUUCAUGUUAAUUUUCUGGGAUAUUUUUUUUGUCCUGUUUUUGUUUUUCUUUUCUUUCUUAAUUGCUCUUUUAAAAAAUCAAAUUUUAAAUAAAAUAAAAAAGUGCCUUUUUUAACUAAUUUUUUUUGUUGAAUUUUUGUUUUGUUUUGCUAUGGUAAAGUGAAUAUACUAAAAAAAUAUUAAAGUUUUAGAGAAAUUGAUAACUUAUCAUGGAACUACUUUUUUGAUGUGAUUGAGAUGAAACAAAACAAAAAGGAGUUCCAUUUUGAGAUUCAAUUUUUACUUUUCUUUGAUAAAUUAUUCAAAAUUUCUUAUUCAAUGAAAUUUUUUUUAGAAAUGUUCUUUGAUAUUAAAAAAAAUAAAAUUUCCAAUGUAAGUCAAACAAAGUAUAUGCAAAUGGGAAACUGAAAUUUCGCUGUUCAAUGAAAGUUUUUGCUUUACUCUCGUAAGAUCUUGGUUGUGAUAUUUUGUUUAUUUUUUUUUUGUUUGACUUGGAAUAAGAUAUUAAAGAACUUUGUAUAAAGUUCAUAUUUUCUUUAGUACAGCAGAUUUUUAAAUAAAAGUUUCUUUAUAAAAUACAAAAUCUAUGGGAUUAUGGCCAGCUUCAACUUUUAAAAGGUUUUGUUCGGUUUUUGUUCAUGAAUAAAAAAUUUCACAGAGUUACAGCCCCUCAAUAAUGACAUAUUUUGUUUUCAAAUCAUUGGCUGGUUUAUAACUAUACAGAGUUUCUGUCAUUUGUAAGAAUUAUUUUAAUACCAUAAUAAUAUCUAAGAAGUCAAUGUAUGUUGAAUUAAAAUGUACUCUUGGAAUAGGAUGGUGUCUUUUAAUUGGUGCAAAAAAAUUUUUUUACAUCCUUUAAGAUUAAACUCAUUUCCUUAUUUAAUGUCAUCAAAAGUGCACAUGUACUUUAAGUACAAAAGUACUUUACAAUCGACUUAACAUUAUAACAUCAUUCAGAGAUAGUGCAUGCCCCCUUGGAAAAAUCGUAAUCUUGUAUUUACCUCUAUAUGUCUCUAUACCGUUGGCACACAACUAUUAAUAUUUAGCAUCUCAGUGUUUAAAAGGAUAGAAAAUUCGGAAGUUAGAAAAAAAAAUUGAGCAAUGAAGUCUCGUAAUUUUUUGGCAGUGACUUCUUUUUUCAUGUGUAUACAAAGUGUGUGGUAUCCGAAAUAAUACAAUUAAUUUGUUUUUAAUCAGGCAAAUAAAACGUUUUCAAGGGUUGAAAGUAAAGGUUUCAAAUGCUGUUUCAUCUAAAAUCCCAAGAAAUUUAAUCCUUGAUUUUAAUUGUUUGAAAGCUAGUGGUGAUUAUAAUUUAUAGCAUAUGACACCAUUAUAGAUCGAGCAGAUCGAGAGCGUGCACAUCCGUGAAUUCUGACUAGACUGUAUAAUUCUGUAGAUUGGAUUUAAAUUUCUUGGACGAACAAAUGUUCGGUACCAAAUUAAAAUGACAGUGGAAAACGGAGGUAUUCCGUUAGGUUAGUUACGACCAAGGUUUGUGCUCGAAAGGUUGACAUGUGGUGACCUAUAUUCAGAUUGUUCGUUCAUUGACUUACCCAGAAUUCAUUGUAAAAUGCAUUAUAAAAGUUUCUUCUACACGGGUUAAAUUUUGAAUCUUCAUUUUCAUAAUGAUUUUUUCUUUUUCUGUUUGAUACGAAACUAUGUAUUUUUUUCCUGUGAUGGUUUAACGUCACUUUCGCCCCAUAAACUUUAUCAUUGCCUUCUACUGUUUCAUUUAAUGGUGACUUCCUGUUACGAUUCUAAAGAUAUUGUAUUUCGAGAAUCAUUAGAUUUUUUUUUUUGUUUGCUCGAAGAUCACAUGGGAAAAAAAUCUUAUCUUGAAAAUUUUUAAUGAAUCGUAAUACACAGAAAGGUAUUAUUCAAUUUUUAAGUUUUUCAUUUUGAUUUCGGAACUUUAAAACAAACAACCCAAAAAUAUAUUUUAUCAUUAUCCAAGUUUUUAAAAUAAUAAAUUUUAUACUGUUUCAUUGUUUUGCCUUGUGCCAGUUUCAAAUUAGAACAAAUUUUAUAUAUCUUAGUUUCACCCAUAGAUUUACUGUUCAUUAAGGCCAUAUUAAGAAAUAAUGUUUGUUUGUUAUGUUGUUGUUAUUAAAGCCUAAAAAUAAAUCUUUUGAACAUUGUGCAAAAGAAUGACUUAGUCAAAGGUCAAUAGAAAAACAUAUUUCACAAUGUAACAUGAUAUCAUAGGAUCAUUGCGUUGGGUUAAAAAGCAGCAAACAGAAUUAUUUUUUGAUUUGGCCUUAAAUUUUAAACUUUUUGUUAGUGCCAUAUUAUGAUAAAGUGUUUUGUUUUAAUGGUAUACAAUAAGUUUUAGACUUUUACCUUCUUUUACCCCCAUUUCUUAAGUUCUGCAACAUUCAUUUCUUUAAAUUUGCAAAGCAUAAAACCAUAAUUAUGUUUAAACGUUGAUAUUUAUUUUAAGGAAUAUAAAUAUAUCUUGUUUUUAUUUAGAAAUUUAAUUCUGGCAAAUAUUUGACUGUUGAAUUAAUAUUAAUAUGGAGAAUAACCAUAGACUUUGGAAGACAAAUAUGCUUGUUGAUUGUUUUAACUGUCAAAUCUAUAUAAUUAUAAAUUCAAUGAUUUUAUUAUUGUCAGGAAACAUCAAGUGAUAUAUUGUGAUGUCUGAUUAAAAAACUAUGAAUAAUUAAUGUCAGAUAAUGAUAUUGUUAUUUUUUUUAUAUAAACAAGUUGUAUAUCAAUAUUAGGCUCGUAUGGUUCAAGGAACCAGUCAGUUAAUGUUAUAAUGUUUUAAAAUUGAUUUAGGGGAACCAGCCUUAAAUAUUUCAUGUAUUAUAUCAAUGCUCUUUGAUGUUUCUUGUUUAUAUUUUUGUUUUUGAUAUGAAUGUCAUUGUUCUUGUCAUUUUGAUUAAAAUUUGUCAUAAAUACUCAUCCAUAAGUCGGUUUAGGGAAUAAGUUCUUAAUUUUUACCAGUUGUUAAUUAUGUUGGGAUCAAGUCCUGCAUAGACUCCUUUCUAUAAUUCUUCUUUUAUUUCUUGACUUUCUUGACCUUAUUUACUUCUUAACAAUGUAUGACCUUAUUAACUUCUUCCUAAUUUAUGGCCCUGUGACAUUAAAAUGUUUAUGAAAUGCCCAUUAUAUUGAAGUUAAGUUAUUAAGAUAUUUUCCUAAUAACCCCUGUCUUAUCCUUGAAAUUUAUUAACUCAGACUUAUGGAUGAAUAUUUAUGGUACAUAUGUACUAACUACCAGUAAUUGGUGGUUGUAGAAAAAAUAAUUAUGAAAAAAUUCAAAAAAUGAAUAAAAAUAUGAAAAAAUA